AUUCCAAAAAAAUGGAAGAUUUUUGGAAGCGCGCCAAGUCCUUCGCUGAAGAAGCGGCGAGGAAAUCUCAAACCAUAACAACGCCGAACAAAAUCGCCGAUCUAGUCGCCGGAACCGCCAAGAAGUCCAGGGAGCUUGCCCUUGAAGCCUCCAAGAAAGCCGAUGAAUUCAAAACUGCGGCUCUCCGGCAAGCCGAUCAAAUCCAAUUCCAGAGCCUCUCCAAGUCCAUUUCCGAUGUUAUCCCCCCUCAACUCUCCUCCCUCUCCGUUGCCGCCCCCGGUUCGUAUUUCUCGGAUCCUCCACCGAUAUACGAUUCGGAGCUCCGGAAGUUUGGUCUCACUGAUGAUUGA